UUAUUAGUCGUUCGGACAAAGAAACCAAACCAUCUCUCCGCAACAUUCCACAUCAAGAAGAACAAGAAGAAUAAGAAGAUGCACGAUUUUUGCUUCACUAUCCCGUACGGGAUGCUCCUGAUGGUCGGAGGAUCUAUGGGUUAUUUCAAGAAAGGAAGCAUCGCAUCUCUCGCUGGAGGUGCAGGCACUGGGUUCCUCGUCCUUCUCGCUGGUUUCAUCACACUCAAGGCUUUCGAGAAGAAGAAGAAGUCUCCUGUCUUCGCUGUCGUUCUCCAGACAGUGAUUUCAGCUGGUCUUACGUUCGUGAUGGGACAACGGUACUUGAAAACUCAGAAGAUCAUGCCGGCUGGUUUGGUUUCUGGGAUCAGUGGUCUCAUGACAUGUUUCUACCUGUACAAGAUCUUAACCGGUGGCAACCACAUACCAAAAACAACAACGAAAGCUGAAUGAUGAUGCUCAUGCACUCUUGUUUUUUCAAUGUAUUCUCCAAUUGUUGAGAUCAAGUAUAUGAAUUUUUGGAUUUAAUACACUAUGUAUGGUGUACACUUUAGAGAGAUUUGUUUAUGUUGGUCCUUAGGUGAACAUGUUUAUUCUGCAUCUGAGAUUAUAGUUCCUAAUGUAACCAUCUGAAAUUAUAGUUUCUAAUCGCUUUUAAUAAAUGUGUCUUCUUGGUUUA